AUGACGGGUAAUCGAAUUUACCUAGCCAACGCAGUUACUGGACAAGUUAUUGCUCAGAUGCACAGUUCACUUGCAAAUGUCCCAGAAAAUGUAAAAACGGAUACACCAAUGAGUUUGCUUACCGAAUUAAUGCCGCAUCAAAAAGAAGGCCUAACCUGGUUGCUGUGGCGUGAGAAACAACUGUUACCUGGUGGCAUCCUCGCUGAUGACAUGGGACUAGGCAAGACAUUAAGUAUGAUUUCACUUAUUGUAAACACCAAAGAAAGGCGUAAGCAAAAUGAUGUGAUGGAAGAGUUAAACGAAAGAGUCAUUAAAGACAGUUUUAAUUCCGUCAAGAACUACACUUUAAUUCCGUCAAGAACUACACUAAUUGUCGCUCCAGCUUCGUUAAUUUUCCAGUGGGAGACAGAAUUUCAAAAACAUGUGAAAAAUGGCUUUCUUUCUCGUUAUUUGUUCCAUGGACCUAAACACAAGCGCGAUAUAAGCGCAGAAUGUCUUGCAAGGUAUGACGUCGUUAUCACUACAUAUGGAAUUGUGAGCAAUGAAUUAAGCGAAAAAUUCACUGCAGCUGGUAUUGAAGAUGAAGGGAGUAAUAGUGAUUCGAAAGGUUCCCCUGAAGGACAGAAUGGAAAAGGAAAAAUAAAACGAAAGGUUUCAAAAAAAUCGGGCUCCGUACUUACUAAGAUAGCCUGGGAACGUGUCAUUCUGGAUGAAGCGCAUCAAAUCAAAAAUAGAACAUCAUUGAUUUCGAAAGCGUGUUGUAAAAUUCCUGCUGCAGCCCGUUGGUGCCUUACAGGCACACCAAUUCACAAUAACUUAUGGGAUUUAUAUUCCUUGAUCAGGUUUCUGCGUGUAGUGCCGUUUGAUGAGGAAGCUGUUUGGAAAGAAUAUAUUUUGUCAGCACAUUCAUCAUCAGAAAGAUUAAAUACCUUGGUGAAAGGCUUGUUACUGCGGCGAGAAAAAAGUCAGUUGUAUGCAGAAACGAAUAAACCAAUUGUUGAUCUAAGGUUAAAAAAGUGCGAGGAGAUUGUUAUGAAACUUGAAGGCAUGGAAAAGAAAGUUUAUGAUUACAUUUUUCAGGUUUCAAGGCAGCAAGUAAAAGAAUUAAUCAAAACACGAGAGGAAAGAGAACGAGAUCUGUAUGGUAUUGGAUGGAAAAGUACUAGUAAUAAACCAGCGAGGAAUCCAUUUUCAGAUGGUCCACGGACGACUCGAAACAACGAUAAUUUUCGAACAAUGACUUGUGUACUAACGUUAUUAAUGCGUUUACGACAAGCUUGUGUACAUUUUGCACUGAUCAGUCAGGCAGUCAAUAUGGAAACACUCCAGACAUUAGGCGUUGAAGAGGAUGAAAAUGCGGAAAUGUUGUCGAAAUGUUUUUCGAAUAUGUCGUUUUUGGAUGAAAAAGCCCUCACCGAGAAGUUACUGGAUGAUGACGGCAAUAAACAAAUAGAACAACUCUUUGAGAAAAAUUUUCUUUCAAUGAAGCUCAAGAAAUUAUUUGAACACAUGGACUAUGCUCUUUCUUGUGGCGAUAAAUGUGUUAUUGUAAGCCAGUGGACCAGUCUUUUAAACAUUCUAGAGCACCAUUUGAGACGGAAGGAAAUUUUAUAUACAUCUAUCAAUGGGAAAGUUUCGAGCAGUGACAGGCAAAGUAGAGCUAAUAGCUUUAACAAGAUUGACAGUGGGCCUCGUGUUAUGUUGUUAUCAUUGACAGCCGGCGGAGUAGGGUUGAACUUAGUCGGUGGUAAUCAUCUUUUCCUCGUCGAUUUGCAUUGGAAUCCUGCCCUCGAACAACAGGCCUGUGAUCGCAUUUAUAGAAUUGGACAAACGAAGAAUGUUUUUAUACACAAGCUGGUCUGUCUUGAAACAAUUGAAGAACGUGUUUUGGCAUUACAGCGAAUAAAACAAACAUUAGCUAAGGAUGUUCUAGAGGGAGUUGCAUCAAAGAAACUCAGUAAAUUAACGAUUGCUGAUCUGAAAUACUUAUUCGAUCUGGGUCGUCCGCGUGAUGACUUGACUAAUUUUGUUGGCGCUGCUUGUCCACCGAACUUCAUCCCAGCCUCAACUAUUUCUAGUGUUAAUACAGGAUGUUGAUACUUGUAUAACAGUAAAAAAGCAAGGGUCUUUUGUACAGGAAACUGUCCGCAAGACAAUCGAAUAGCUCAGUUUGUCUUGAAGUCUGCGCCUGUUCAUUCUCUCGUUUGUUAAUAUUGCUGUCUUUCCUUUUUUCAGCACUGCAAUUGAAGUUUUAAUUCAAAUACACAAUUUCAAAACUUCCUCCAACUGUUAUGCAUAAAAUGAACUAUUCAUUCCUUUCCCCCAGAUGAAAAUUCAUAUUAGAGGAGCAGUGUAUAGCUAUAAAUCUGGCUCAGACUAAAGCGGAAAUUAUAUGUGAAGUCAUUCUCAAACUAACGUUUUUCGAGUCC